AUGAGAAAGAAUGAAUAUGACUUAUAUGUGGAUGAUCAAAUCCAAGCAAAAAAAUAUUAGUUAACCAUAAAAUGCAAAUAUCAUACAACAGUUUUUUAAUUAAAGAAGUAUUUCUACAAAGGCAUCAGAAAAAAUUUCGAAAUAAUUCAUAAUGACAUUACUCUAAAAGAAUCAUAAACAAUAGAUGAGAUUUUCUCUAGAUAUUGUUAAAACACUAUUAGAUUAUGUGUAAAAUCAGAUCCAAUGAUUGAUGUAUUGGUGAAACAUUCGAUUCAGUAUUAAAAUAUACGUAAAUAAAAACCAAUUUCAGAUGAGGCAUUAAGUGAUAUAAUAACAAAAGAAGUUAUAAAAGUUAAAGAUUCAAUGAAUGUAUAAGAUGUAUAAAAUGAAUUGGACACACUAUCGACUACAAUUAUAAAAAAAUGUACUAAUUGUUGUAUCUAAAAUAAAAUGAUUGAGAAUUAUGAAAGUUCUAUAUCAAAUCUAUUAUAAGAAAAUGAAUAGCUAUAAUUAAAAAUGA